AUGGAAAAGUCGCGCGUCAAGAUUGAGCUUGCGGAAGAAAACUAUGGCAAUCAGGAUCCACUCGCAAAAGAAAACACCAUUGGAACUACUCCAAAUACCGAUAUUUUGAUGAGUACACCGUCGAUAAGGCAGAUGAAGCUGACUGAGAACAAUGUGAUCAAGACGAAUUAUAGACUGCAGGAAUCUUUGGGAGUAUCUACGGAUCGAUCAAUUCUACUGGACAGUAGUGUUUUGAAUGACUUCAAUUUCGAACCGCUCGAUACGCAUCAUCAGCUGGAAGAAUUCGACGAAAAACUUGGCAGAGAUGCUGCGUUCGCCGAUAAAAUGGUGAGCUGGCUAAGUAGAAAGAAUGAGGAUUGCGAUCCAAAGACUAGCGUCGUUUUUUCGCUAGAUUUCCUCUUUAGUCGCCAACUGUUCGCUAGCUGCAGCUGGUCUGGAGAAGGUCGACGGGGACCAAAAAUCCCGUUUUAUAAAUUUAAAAAUAUUUACAAAUUGUUGCGUCGAUUGGCUAUUGUAAAAGGAUGCAGCGAGUCAAGUGGUUUGACGAGAGAUGUGUUGGUGACAAAGCUGCGGGUCGCCAAAUCGAGAGUGGCUUGCAAAAAUGACAGCAAAGGGUUUUACACGAAAGAUACUCGCAACGGAAGACCAAACAAUGACGCUCCAAAAGGUAAGAUAGCGAUUGAUACGAGUUGAGUAAGCUACGGUAUUUGCACAGUUUGUUGAACCGUAUGUAGAGCUACAGUAUUACAUUUUAGAACGUGUACACAUACGUUUGCUAACAAACAGGUAACUUUUGCUAGCAAUAUUGUCAAAUAGUGAACCUCCGAUUUGCACGAAAGGAAGCGAAUAGAUCUUACGACUGAUCGUAACUUAAACAUUAGCGAAAAGCAUAGACAAUACAAGAUAGUGGUAAUUGUAUCGUAAUGUAAUCAUAAAUGCAGUGCUUUUAUGAACAGUAUUGCAACUCGAGCAAGAACGCUAUCGGUCAUC